AUGGCACUAGCAAGCGUUUUGGGUUAUAAAUCGAAUGAUGAUUUUUCUCGUUCUAUGAAAUGUUCAAAAACUGACGAUAGUAUUGAUCGAUUCGAUGAAAAAUUAAAUAUUGAAAAUAUAUCAAAAUUUAUAACGUUACCCCCAUUUUCAGAUCCGGCGAAAUAUUUGAAAAUGGUUAAUGAUAAUGUUGAUCGUGUACGAAUACAAUUUUUAAAAGGAACAACAACACUUGCAUUUAAAUUCAGAAAUGGUGUAAUUGUCGCUGUUGAUAGUCGAGCAACAGCUGGAGGAUUUAUUGCAUCUGGUGAAGUUAAAAAAGUAAUUGAAAUAAAUCCCUAUUUAUUGGGUACUAUGGCUGGUGGUGCAGCCGAUUGUGCAUUUUGGGAAAGAGUUUUAGCCAGACAUUGUCGGAUUUAUGAAUUACGUAAUAAAGAGAAGAUAUCUGUUGCAGCUGCAUCAAAAAUAUUAGCAAAUAUGAUAUUUGAAUAUAGAGGAAUGGGAUUAUCAAUGGGAACAAUGAUCGUGGGAUGGGACAAGCGGUUUCGUUUUUGUUAUAUGAAGGGUCCUGGAUUGUAUAUGGUAUCUGAUGAUGGAGAACGUAUUAGUGAUAAUUUAUUUUCCGUUGGCAGUGGAUCAAUUUAUGCCUAUAGUGUAUUGGAUGCUGGUUAUAAAUAUGAAAUGAGUACAGCUGAUGCAAUUGAUUUAGGCCGUCGUGCUAUUGUUCAUGCAGCUCAUAGGGAUGCAGCAUCAGGAAAUAUUGUCAGAAUCUAUCAUAUGAAAGAAACGGGUUGGGAAAAAAUCGAAGAAGAAGACACAAAUAAUUAUAUGUAUCGUUAUAGACAAGAUGAAACAAUGAACUUUUAG